AGCAGCAGAAUAAUUAAACGAGUAAGCCUCUGGUCUGGACUUGUGGACAAAUAUUCCUAGCAAAUUCAAUACACCAAGUGCGGACAAAUAUAAAGGAAACCAGUUUCUUGCUCUUCAGCAGAACAGCAGCCGCUUAAUUUCCUUUGCUGCAACUGUGUAAUAUAGCAUAAAGAAGAAGGCAACUGAUCCAAAACUCUCCUAAACCAGGAUGGCUAGAGAGAUGCAGCAGCAAAGCGGAAGGAGCAUGAUCGUAGAAACACCACCUCCCAGCACCCUUGAAAAUGGCGAUUUUAGCAAGAGCUUGGACGACGACGGCCGCUCCAAACGAACGGGAACUUUAAUAACUGCAAGCGCGCAUAUAAUCACGGCGGUGAUCGGCUCCGGCGUGCUGUCUCUGGCGUGGGCGAUAGCGCAGCUGGGCUGGGUGGCGGGGCCGGCGGUUCUCUUGGCCUUCUCCAUCAUCACCUACUUCACCUCCUCCCUUCUCGCCGACUGUUACCGGUCGCCGGACCCCGUCACCGGCCAGAGAAACUACACCUACAUGGACGUCGUCCGAGCUCAUUUAGGUGGCACCAAGGUGAAGCUGUGUGGACUGGCUCAGUACGGGAAUCUCGUCGGCGUAACGAUUGGUUACACGAUAACAUCUUCCAUAAGCAUGGUGGCCGUGAAAAGGUCGAAUUGCUUCCACGAACAUGGGCAUGAAGCCGGCUGCUCUACGUCGAGCUACCCGUUCAUGAUCAUAUUCGCGGGAGUCCAGGUCGUUCUGAGCCAAAUACCCGACUUCGACAAGCUCUGGUGGCUCUCCAUCGUCGCCGCCAUCAUGUCCUUCGCUUAUUCCUCCAUUGGGCUCGGCCUCUCCCUGGCGAAAGUUGCAGGAGGAGGGCCGCAUCCGAGGACGACGUUGACGGGAACAACGGUCGGGGAUGACGUGACGGCGUCGGAGAAGGUGUGGAGAACCUUCCAAGCCGUCGGAGACAUAGCCUUUGCUUACGCCUUCUCCACCGUCCUCAUCGAAAUUCAGGCAAGAUUGAAAUCAAGCCCGCCGGAGAGCCAGGUGAUGAAGAAGGCCUCCCUCGUCGGAAUCUUCACCACCACCGCCUUCUACGUCCUGUGCGGCUGCUUUGGGUACGCAGCCUUCGGAAACCACGCGCCGGGGAAUUUUCUCACUGGCUUCGGCUUCUACGAACCCUUUUGGCUCGUCGACCUUGCCAACGUCUGCAUCGCCAUUCACCUCAUUGGGGCCUAUCAGGUCUUCUGCCAACCGAUAUUCGGGUUCGUAGAGGCUGGGUGUCAAGAACGAUGGCCGGAGAGCAAGUUCAUACACAGAGAGCACGCCGUCAAUGUCCCAUUCUUCUCCUCCUUCGGAACAACAUAUUAUAUCAACUGGUUCAGGCUGGUGUGGAGGACGACGUACGUGAUAGUGACGGCAGUGAUCGCCAUGAUCCUCCCUUUCUUCAAUGUGUUCCUGGGGCUGAUUGGAGCGGCGUCGUUUUAUCCGCUAACCGUAUAUUUCCCGAUAGAGAUGUACGUGGCACGAGCGAGAAUCCGACGCCUAUCUUUGAGGUGGAUUUGGCUAAAGGUCCUAAGCUGGGUCUGCCUGGUUGUGUCCGUCCUGGCGGCCGCUGGAUCCAUUCAAGGCCUAGCCUCUGACAUCAAGACUUACAAGCCCUUCAAACCUCCGGCCCAUGAGUGAAUAACGAUUGCGCCUAAUUUUGCCAUUUUUUUUUUUUUUUUGGAGUUCUUGAAUCAUAUCAUAUAUAAUUUAUGAUCUAGACCAUAUAUUUUCACCGCCCC